AGCGGUAAAAAUGCGGAACUUGGGGGAGACGAAAACAGCGAAGAACCGAUUCUUCAAAUGCCACAGAACAGAACGAGUUGCAGAGAGAAGCAGAAGAAAGUUCUAGAGAGAGAGUGAAAUGGUUCUAUGGGAGAUCACUCUAGGAACAGCCUAUUUCUUGGGCCUCAAGCGAACAUAUCGCCUCGCCCUCAAGCUUCAACGCCGUAUAGUCAGCCCAAACUUUCCCAAGAUCCGUCAGUUUCUUCACCGACGUACCCGUAUCGUAUUUGAUGUAGCAUUAAAGGUUCACCUGAACAUACAGCAGAGAGACUUAGAAGUUGGUCGGAAUCUUGGUAACUGGAUUCUACGACUGCUCGACAGAUAUAAACCAUCAGCUCAAAUCCGUAAACAAGAUGGUGGAUCGAUCACAAACGCGACAAAGCAGAUUUCCAGCUCCUCCGUCUCGAAAAAUCCAGAGAGCUCCCAGGUCCUGAAGAAGCCAAAAUCUUCUAGACAAUUAUUUACCUCAUCAACAAAUCUAUGGCCUAAGCAAUUUCCUACAAUUUCCAUGACGAUGAAGCCUUCAAACCCAGCCACAACUAUGAUCCAGCAUAGACAUUUUGGUAGUUUGACACCUGAAGCGCCUCGACCAAGAUACGGAGGAAGAGGAUGGCAUGGCGGGGUCAUACGGCGGGAGGAUAUAAGGCAAUGGAUGCUGCAAAACUAGGAACUAAAGUUCACUGUUCUCUUUUCAUUUUGUUGAGACAGGAAGGAUUCUCAUGAACAUGCUACAACAAGAUCAUAGGACGUCAUCAUGGCAACUGAAAACAGAAGCUGCACCAAUUGAAUGCUUAGAUUUUCUGGUCUGCUUCUUGGCGCUUGAACAUUUGGUAGAUAACUGGUUUUCUUUGGUUUCUGCGUACUGUUGUUAUGAAAAUUUAUUAGCAUCGAUCCAGAAGAGACUUCGUUAGAGGUCGA